UUUGCAUAAUCCUAUUUGUCAUUUAUUUGACUUCGAUAAGUAGAUAAGAUGCAUGCAUAUUUCUAUUGUAUAUAUUCAGUUUAAAAGUAUGUAGCAUUAAAUUCAUAUCUUGGGUAAACAAGAAAAAUUGAUAUUUGUAUUGUACCUUUUUUGUCUAUAAAUUUUUUAUCUGCUUUGGUGAAUAUGAGAAAAUCACCAAACUUCCUCAUUAUUGUUGCUGAUGACUUGGGAUGGUCUGACGUUGGAGCGUUUGGUUCAGAAAUUAAUACACCAAAUCUGGACGCCUUAGCUAAGGAAGGUUUACGCUUUACCGAUUUUCAUACAGCAUCGGCUUGCUCGCCAACACGUUCUAUGCUCUUGUCCGGGACUGACAAUCAUCUUGCCGGCCUGGGUCAAAUGGCAGAGUUCGCUUCUCGAAUUCAUCAAUGGGACGAUUAUCCUGGGUAUGAAGGAUAUUUGAACUGGCGAGUGGCAGCAUUGCCUGAAGUAUUGAAAGAAAAAUACGAUACUAUUAUUUCCGGAAAGUGGCACCUGGGAUUGACCAAAGAGACUUCCCCUUUUGCUCGUGGUUUCAAUAAAGUAUUUUCCUUACUUCCAGGUGCUGGUCAUCAUUUCAAGGAUUACAAACCGUCAGAUGAAAAGCACAAAGAGAAUUCAGAUGAUUUAGCAAAAUUACUUCCUGCUCUCUACAUGUCCGGAAGCGAAUUUAUCGAUGCUGACAAAGAGCUCCCAGAAGACUUUUAUUCUUCAGAUUAUUUUGCUAGCAAGUUGCAAGAGUCUCUUGAUGAGCAUUAUAAAAUGGAUAAGGAUAAACCGUUUUUUGCCUACCUUCCAUUCACCGCUCCUCAUUGGCCUUUACAAGCACCUCGACAUCUCAUAAAGAAAUACAAAGGGAAAUAUAGCGAAGGACCAGAUGCCCUAAGGAUCUCAAGAUUAAAAAAGCAGGAAGCAUUGGGAGUAUAUACUACUGCUCGUGAUGGUCCUCCGUCUGAGGUAUACACGGAUGAAGAAAAAAACUGGUCAGAUAUGAGUGAAGAAGAGCGUAAAGUCAGUUCUAGGACAAUGGAGGUUUAUGCAGCUAUGGUUGAACGACUCGAUUGGAACGUAGGAAAAAUUGUUCAGUAUUUAAAGGAAAAAGGAGAAUAUGACAAUACGUUUGUUCUAUUUAUGUCGGACAAUGGCGCGGAAGGAGCUAUUCUUGAGAACAAGCCAAUGAGUGGUGGAAACGUUACCGAAGUAAUCCGAAAAAGAUAUGAUAACUCACUAGAAAAUCUUGGAAACAGAAAUUCAUUUAUAUGGUAUGGUCCAAGAUGGGCGUUGGCUGCUACAGCUCCUUCAAGGGAUUGUAAGUUCUACAUUUCAGAAGGUGGGAUUCGGUGUCCUCUCAUCGUUAGAUUCCCUCAGAUCAUCAAAAAUCCUGGUAGCAUCUCUCACGAUUUUACUACAGUUAUGGAUAUUACUCCUACCGUUCUUGAGCUCGCGGGUAUUCAACACCCUUUUCCUCGAUAUAACGACAGGGACAUUCUACCUUUAAGAGGAAAGUCUUGGGUAAACCAUCUUACCAAUGGUGAUCCUGUUUAUGAUGAAAACGCAGAUUUUACAGGAUGGGAACUUUUUGGACAAAGAGCAAUACGACGUGGACCCUGGAAAGCUAUAUACGUUCCUGUCUCAAAUGCAUUCUCGUUUCUAACUGAGAAAUUCAGAAGUGGUUUAGGUGGAGACUCAAAAUGGAGACUCUACAAUGUGAAAGAAGACCGUGCUGAGUCCAAAGACCUCUCUCUGGAAAGGCCAGACAUACUCCAAGAGCUUGUUGAUUAUUGGACUUUAUAUGUCAGCGAAACUGGAUUAGUUCCUGUGAUCGAAAAUUAA